GCCUGUUCUGUUUCAGCUUGUUCUUCUUCACAUUCCUUUGAUUGACACUUAUUACUCCUUAUUAUUACUUUAGUUUUUCAUUCUGGCCCAAGCAAUAAUCAAUUUUAUUCCUUUUAUUGUCACCGUCCCUCUCUUCAAUCCAAAAAAAACUGUGUGAUUUAAACCCUUUUUUUUUAACUCUAGGCUGCCACACUUUGCUGAGGCUGAGCUUAUCUUUAUUUAUCCCAGUAGGUAUUCAGCUGUCCUCCUCUCACUAUAUGCCAAUAUGGUACAUCUGUAUGGGGAACGGGGCUGAUGCGUCCUCGUGGCGCCCUGUGGCUCAACACUCCCUCGUUACCGGGUUCCCACCUGCAUUUAUACAUAUGAAAAGUACCUCCAUAUUCUUGGUCCUAAUAUCGAUGCAGAUUUAUAUCAUUUAGAAGAAGUGAACCAUCAAAUCAGAAGGAAAAUGCACAAGUAUAGACGUGAGGCUAGGUAUCAAGCCUGGUACGAUCAGGAAGGCGAGCCAACCUCGCACAACCCUUUCAAGAAAUUCCGGAGAGCGCCCCGGCGCACCAACUCCAUCCAACUGGAGCGCCGGCUGCCCCUUCACACCUCCACCGCUGGCGAGGUGUCGCUCUCCCAGGAUGUUCAGCGCCACCGCGACAUGACUGCGGGUCUGGGGGGUCCAGUCCAUGCAGAGUCCUUCCCCGCGUACGGCGCAGGUCCUGAUUCGGCACCGCGCGCGGCAAGUCUGGAGAAAUCGGAGCCGGAGCCGGAGCCGGAGCCGUCGAUGCGCAGCUGUGAGCCGCUCAAUGUGAGCAAGCAGGGCCAGCAGGCGGAGAUGGAUGGGAAGCCCCGAAAGAGAAAGGGGCUGUUGGGGAAGCUAGGACGUCGAGCGGAGGAUAAGCAGGACGCAAAGUUGGAUGAUGCGCCGGAGGAUAAACAGAAGUUUACCGCCGUGGGACAGUUCAAGGCUACUGUUUUGAACUCUUGGAUUAACGUUUUGCUUGUUGCUGCUCCGGUUGGAAUCGCCCUGAAUUACGUGAAUGUUGACCCUGUGGCUGUCUUCGUCGUCAACUUUAUCGCGAUCGUUCCGCUGGCAGCUCUGCUGAGCUAUGCGACAGAGGAAAUUGCACUGCGAACUGGCGAGACAUUCGGCGGUCUGCUCAACGCAACUUUUGGAAACGCGGUCGAACUGAUUGUGGCGAUUAUCGCUCUCGUGGACGAUGAGGUGCUCAUCGUCCAGACCUCCCUGAUUGGAAGCAUGCUCUCAAACCUCCUCUUGGUGAUGGGGAUGAGUUUCUUCUUCGGUGGCAUCAACCGCGUCGAGCAGCAUUUCAACCCCGUUGUUGCGCAAACGGCAGCCAGUCUUCUUGCGCUUGCUGUGGGGAGUCUGAUAAUCCCUACUGCAUUCCAGGCGUGGUCUGGUGCGGAAAGUUCCAAAGUCGCCGAACUUUCACGAGGGACCAGCAUUAUCCUCCUGGUGGUUUACGGAUGUUAUCUGUUCUUCCAGCUGAGAACGCACAUCGACAUGUACAACGCUCCCAGCAAAAAAUCCGAGAAGCGAAACCAGAAAGUGUCGGAGGGCGAUACGAGUCGAGGAAUCGCGCAGAUCGGACAGAUGACGGGCGCCAUGGCCGGUUUGCAUAACGCGGAGCUCCAGGAGCCCGAAGACGAGCCGGAGGAGCCUCAACUGAGUAUCUUUGUUGCGAUUUUGACGUUGGCGAUCGCUACGACUUUUGUGGCGCUGUGUGCCGAGUUUAUGGUCGGCUCGGUAAACGCACUCACGGAACGCGGCGGCAUCUCGAAAACCUUUGUCGGGUUGAUUCUUCUUCCGAUCGUCGGCAAUGCAGCGGAGCACGCUACCGCUGUGACAGUCGCCACCAAGGACAAAAUGGAUCUGUCGAUCGGCGUGGCUGUUGGAUCGAGCAUGCAGAUUGCCUUGUUGGUGCUUCCUCUCAUUGUGGUUAUCGGUUGGAUUAUGGGCAAUAAUGAUAUGACUCUCUAUUUCGAUGCAUUCCAGGUGAUCCUCCUCUUUGUUUCGGUGCUUUUGGUCAACUACUUGAUCGCGGAUGGGAAAUCCCACUGGUUGGAGGGGGUUUUACUCAUGAUGAUGUAUCUGAUCAUUGCUGUGGCCGCGUGGUUCUACCCAGCCAAGGGUGAUGUUGCGUGAUGAUGUGUUUUUUCUCUCCUCUGACAUCUUCACAUCAUACUACUAGUACUUGUUCCUGUAUUCUGCAACAUACGGUAUUGACCACCAAUAUACGUUCCUACACCUAUUUAUUAUAAACCACCUUUCUUUCAUCCAUUCUCAGUCUCGUGAGAAAAGAGUGGUAUUCAGAAGCCAUACAUAUAGUAUCGUAGACCUCUCUAGGUAUCCUAACCCGGAUAUGGAUUU